GGACGGAAGGGGCUUCACUCGCAGGGUUUGCGCGAUCCACGCACGCCGCAUGCCGCGAGUCGCGACCGACCACUCUGUUCGGCUCCACAGUAAAUUUGUCCGCCUCACGCGCGGCGCGCGCGCUCCCUUCAACCGUAUUUCUUAAUAUUUACUUAUUUUAUCUAGUCAAAAUGUAGAUCAGUGCUUUCCGUAUACAAAUAGUGCAUUUUUAAAAAGUAAGAGUGUGUUAAUUUUAAAAAUCGUUACAUUCUACGGUCCGAAGAACAAUGCUGUGGGAAAAAAUAACGUUCAGCUGGCAUCGGCACUCGUUCCCAGCUACCUACCUACCCCCCUCGCCCCGCGGACCCGGUACCGGGUUCAAUGCGCCUCUCUGCGUUUAUUCAUCGUUUGUGGGAAAAGUUGACCCCCAUUUUUAAAUUUUUAUUGUUAACGAAUUCACACGAUUUCGAGUCGACUACCGCAUCUUAAACCUGCAUCCUUCCUUUGUUUUAUAAAAUAAUUAAGACUAAUGUGACAAUAAACCUAGUAACUAGAUAAAAGAAAAAAUAAGAUAAACUGUAAAAAAUAUAUCCGUGAAUAAACAUCAAGGUUGCAACAUUCGUGGAAGUGUAGUGUUUGUGUUGUGCUUUGCCAUGUUUGUUGAGUUUAAACUUCUUCGAAUUUAUCUGUCUGUGCGACGAAUGGGAUCCAGUUGUCAUUGGAGGACGUAGCCGCUUGAGCAACUAGUGUACUCCACUACACGUGCAUAUUGUGAAAGAACCGUUACUAUGAUAAAUAUAUUAAAGAUAUAUAAAGUGAACAUUCGGGGGUGGGCGGCGAAGUUGUGAAUAUAGUGUUGUUUGAAAGUUAUUACAAUUUUUCAAAAUGGGCAAUCAGGGAUCAUCACCGCAUGAACCACUGGAUCAUGUCCAGGCGCAAAAUCCAGAUUUGAAAAUGAAGUCUUCAGUGCGCGGCUCUGUGCGGCGGGCACGCGCAACUGGCGCGUUGUCCCCGCCGCGCGCAGGCAUGGAGCGUCUGCGCCGGUCGUUCCGGGAAUCAUUCCGCCGGCGUAAAGGCAGCCCGCCGGAAUCGGCGAGGCCGCACCAAUGGCACGCGGAUGAGGCAGCCGUCCGAGCCGGUACCUGCACCUUCCCGGUGAAGUACCUCGGCUGUGUUGAGGUGUUCGAGUCACGGGGUAUGCAGGUCUGCGAAGAGGCGCUGAAGGUGCUUCGGAAUUCACGUCGUCGUCCCGUAAGAGCGGUGCUGCAUGUCAGUGGAGAUGGCCUCAGGGUAGUGGAAGAAGAGACGAAGGGACUCAUAGUAGACCAGACUAUUGAGAAGGUGUCCUUUUGUGCCCCAGAUAGGAAUCACGAACGGGGAUUCAGUUAUAUCUGCCGGGAUGGAACGACGCGUCGCUGGAUGUGUCACGGGUUCCUGGCGUCGCGUGACAGCGGCGAGAGACUUUCGCACGCAGUGGGUUGCGCCUUCGCAGCGUGCCUGGAGCGCAAGCAACGCCGGGAUAAGGAGUGCGCCGUGUCUAUGAGCAUAGAUGCCGCUUCACAUGCCUUUACGCGGCAAGGAUCCUUCCGGAAGUCGGUGAUCGGUCGUCGCGUAUCAGAGGCAGACGCCGGUCCGCCGAUGACUCCGGCUCCCCUGGCCACGCCCCCCACUCCAAAGACACCGAGCCCUGCCCCAGUGCCAAUAGCCCCCGUCGUGCCCCAGGGCCAACGCCCCGCGCCCCACAACCCCUUCGCAGUGGAGCGCCCCCACGCUGCCCCACAUCUGCUGGAGAGACAGGGCUCAUUCCGCGGCUUCGCUCAUCUCAAUAACAAGUAUGUAUGUUCUCCAUUCAAGCGCCAGAUGUCGCUACGAAUCAGUGAGCUACCGUCAACAGUUGAGCGACAACGAUUGGGGCUCGGUUCGCCCGCCACCCCGCCUUUGCCCGCCCCGCCCAUUCCCGCUUUGCCCACGUUGCCCGCCUUGCCUGCGCUGCCCGCACCUAAUGAUAUUGAAGCUAUAGAGGACGCGGUCGAAUCUGACCCAGUGGCUGAAAUGUGUCAGCAGCUGUCUCUUGGGCUCCGGGCCCUCACGGAGGAGCCGGUACCCGCAGCGGUGGGUGCUCUGCCCCAUCCCGAGGCGUGGCUGGGGCGUGUCGCCCGGGCUCCGCCCUUGUCUGCCGGCGGACGAGCCGCUUCCUUCGCGGGACAUGCCACAACCAACCCUUUCCUUACUCCAGCACCACUCUAAUUGGUGACGCUUAAUUGCCACGAACACCUCUUCUAUAAAAGCCAUAGACAAAAGUUUAUGGUAAGCGAGAGUAUAUGAGGAUGAUAUACAUGAGGAUGACAUGAUAACACACACAUAGAUAAAUAUAUAUUGCUAUCACGAAUGUUGAAUUUAUAAGCUGUUGCAUUAAAUGUUAACGGCAUCCCGUUUGACAUUUAAAAAUGUAUUAUGUCACGAUACAAUAGUCUAUGGUCAUGUACAAAAUCUAAAACAUUGACAUAUGAGAAGAACUUAACUGCGCUAACUUAAUAUUGCGCUUAAUUUGUUUUCUUUAAUGAAUAUAACGUAUUUAAAAUAUAUCUUGAUUUAAUUAGAUAUCAAUGAGAAUUUACUUUCACCACGUGACAUGCGCGUGCGCCGACUUUUAAAUUUGAUUUUGUUGAGCGCAAUUUUACACUAGCUUUACGAAACAAUCGCACGAUCACAUUUAUAAUAUUAUGGGAUAGUCCUAAUUACGGCGGGACGAGUACCUCUAUCGCAAUUUAAUAUAAAAAUAAUAAUCUAUGAUCAUUAAUUUUGCACUCGGUGAAAUCUGUCCAAUUUUAAAUUGACUGCCACAAAAUCAAUUUUCUGUAGUUUUAUUAAAAUAAGUGGUUAUUUUUUCGUGGAUCGUACUUAUUUCAGUUCGUCUAGGCGAAGAUUUCGUACAAAAUCAAUUACUUAAGAUGUACUUAAACGCCGAAUAUGUUCCUAGCCUACGAAUGUUUACGUCCGCGUCGCAGCGUAUACUCUUUUAUAUUCUCUUUUUACAUAAUCGAUUGUUUGCUACGAUUUAUUUCAGUACUUACUUUUUGACAUGAUUUAUAACAUUUUAAAAUGUGAUGCGUCUACGCACAUUUGACGUGAUAUCCUCUAGAAUACUUAGGCUACGGGCUGAACUUGAGAAUUAAAUAAUUAUGGAUUUAGUACUUAACGCAUCGUUGAAGAGCACUCUGCUUGCAUGUGCACUUAGAUAGAGCACUGCGAGGGCAGUAUUGGUCCUUCGAUCCGGAACAAAUAAAAUGCAGUAUUCGUGUUUGCUUGUUAUACGUACUUGGAUAUAUUUUUUUCUGUUUGUAUAUAAUUGUACAUUUGUAGAAUUGUGUGAAUCUUUGUUAUUUUUUUUUAUUUCUGACAUGAGACGAUCAAACUGUAAAUGAUAACUCGGUGUGAUUUUUAAUGUUGUUUUGUUUUUUGUUAAUUAACUGUAAAUUCGGUUAACGAUUAGUAAUUGUUAUUUGCGUAAGUUUUUACAUGGCAAUGUCGCGAUUUUAAUGACGGAGCACAACAAACACUGCACAAGGAUUUUUGAGUUUUUACAUUCCGACAGUUGGACCGACUUUUAUUCUCACGCCAGCACUGCUUUUGUACGUAUUAUGUAGGGAAUAGCAAAUAUACGAAAAUUUUAUCGCACAUUGAUGUAUUGCACUCGGUGUCUAUAACAUUAUUUAUUGUGCAGUCAUGUUAUUAGUACAAAUGACUUUAGUAGAUGAACGCUUGAUGCGUUUUAACCCAUAAAAUAGUUCAAAAUUUUACAAAUAAUUGUGAUAUUAAGGAUUUGUAAAAUUCUGCAUGUGUACAGAAGCCGUCUUUAGAUGUUUGAGCAUAAAUAUAUGUUUUCAAAUAUUUGUUAAAGGCGUCAUUAAGUGUCAUAAUAUCUAAUCUUGAUCUGUCAAAACUGUCAAACGCCAUAGAGAACAUAUUGAACAGAUUAGAUUUGAGUUUAAUUACGUAAAUUUUAUUCGAUUUUUAAAUUAAUGAAUUAAAGUGAUAUAAAACCUAUUUGUCCAGAAGAUGAACGAUAAAUAUCUAAAGGUAUAUGAAAAAAUGUUUAUGUAAAUGUAUA